GCCACUGCACAGACAGCACAAUGGCGGCCAUGGACCGGGAGAUGAUUCUCGCUGAUUUUCAGGCAUGCACUGGUAUUGAAAAUAUUGAUGAAGCUAUUACAUUGCUUGAACAGAAUAACUGGGAUUUAGUGGCAGCUAUCAAUGGUGUAAUUCCGCAAGAGAAUGGCAUUUUACAGAGUGAAUUUAUUAAUGCAGAAACCUCCCAAGUUCCAGUGUUCGGCCCUGCCAGCCAGCCUUCUUCCUCCUCCUCGUCCUCUUCGUCCUCAGCCUUUUGUCCAGUAGUUUCAUCUCGGCCGAUUGUGGAACGUCAACCAAGAAUGCUAAAUUUCAGGGUGGAAUACCGUGACAGAAAUGUGGAAGUGGUAAUUGAAGACACAAGCACAGUUGGUGCUAUCAAGCAAAUUCUAGAAAAUGAACUUCAGAUUCCUGUAUCUCAAAUGCAGUUGAAAGGUUGGAAGUCUCCUGAUACAAGCGACAGUACUAUUCUGAGAUCUCUCCACUUACCUAAGAAUAACAGCCUGUAUGUUCUCACACCUGAGCUAGCUCAACCAGGAUCAGCUGGACCUGCAACAAGUCAAGCUAGUACCCUACAGGAGUCAUUAAAUCAAAACUUCAUGCUGAUCAUUACACAUCGAGAAGCCCAGCGGGACUAUAGCUUGAACUUUCCGGGCACCAGAACUAUUCAAGAGGUAAAGCGUAACAUAUUUGAUCUUACAAACAUCCCGGUCCGUCACCAGGUAUGGGAAGGCUGGCCUGCGUCUUUCGAGGAUGAUUCUGUUACUUUGGCUGCUGCUGGACUCAGUUACCCGUGCCAUCGAUUAACAGUCAGUAAAAGGCCUUCACCUGCACAGACGCGAGAACAAUCUGAGGAGUGCACUGAUGUUCACAUGGUCAGUGACAGUGAGGGAGAUGAUUUUGAAGAUGCUACUGAGUUUGGAGUUGAUGAUGGUGAACUCUUUGGCGUGGUGUCCUCAGCUUCAAAGAAGUCUCCAAUGAUGCCCGAAGAGGCUGAAAAUGAGGCCGAUGCCUUGUUGCAGUUCACUGCAGAGUUUUCGUCCAGAUACGGUGAGUGUCAUCCAGUCUUCUUUAUCGGCUCACUUGAAGCUGCCUUUCAAGAAGCAUUCUAUGGGAAAGCCAGAGAUAGAAAGCUGCUUGCCAUCUACCUCCACCAUGAUGACAGUGUUCUUACAAAUGUAUUCUGCUCGCAAUUACUGUGUGCAGAAUCUAUCGUCUCCUAUCUCAGUCAAAAUUUUAUCACUUGGGCAUGGGAUGUGACCAGAGAAGCUAACCGAGCAAGGUUUUUAAGCAUGUGCACUAGACAUUUUGGCAGUGUUGUGGCACAAACAAUUCGGACGUACACAACGGAUCAGUUUCCUCUACUUCUUAUUAUAAUGGGAAAACGAUCAUCCAAUGAAGUUUUGAAUGUUAUUCAAGGUAACACAACAGUAGAUGAUUUGAUGAUGCGACUGAUAAAUGCCAUGGAGAUCUUUGCAGCUCAGCAACAAGAGGAUAUAAGGGAUGAGGAUGAACGUGAAGCAAGAGAAAAAGUGAAACAAGAACAAGAUGAAGCAUACAGACUUUCUCUGGAAGCAGAUCGAGCCAAGCGAGAGGCACAAGAAAAAGAAAUAGCAGAACAGGUGCGUCAAGAACAGCUUCAAAAAGAACAAGAGGAAGAGCGGGAGGCUAUUAGGUUAUCCCUCGAGCAGUCAUUACCUGCAGAGCCAAAGGAGGAGAGCACCGAACCUGUCAGCAAACUACGCAUUAGAACGCCACGUGGGGAAUUCUUUGAACGACGUUUCUUAGCAAGCAAUAGGCUUCAAGUUGUCUUUGAUUUUGUGGCUUCCAAAGGCUUUCCAAAGGAAGAAUACAAACUGCUUAGCACCUUUCCCAGAAGAGACGUGAGUCAAUUUGAUGCAACUGAAACAAUAAUGGAGGUGAAACUCUAUCCUCAGGAAACGCUUUUCCUAGAAGCAAAGGAGUAACUCCAUCCAGGGGACUCUGGCUUCCCAGAUAGUUGAUAAAAGCUCAGCUUAUAUCUAAAAGCUGCAAGAUUCACCUGUAUUUUGUCCAGCCAGAUGCCACAACUAUCUGCCUCUUCCAGACCCCCUGCCCCCCCACCCCCAAUCAACAUCACCUGUAAAAUGCCUGUGUGCUGCCAACCUCGCAAGAAAUUUAGAUGUUUACAAAGAUCUGUAGGAGGACAGCAAUCUGUGAUGAACACUGACUUACACUCUACACACUAUUCUGGCCUAUGUUUAUUCAUCAAUGCACUAUUCAGAGGUGAAGUGAAUUAUAUUAGUUAGAGUUGGUUUCUCUGUACCCGUUCAGCCUCAACCUGUAUUACAAUUCAACCAUUUUCUGGAGCAAGUGCUUUGAUUUGAAUUCUGUAUUUGUUUGUUUAAAUUCAAUACAUACUUGAGACUUUGCUUAUAAAUGUGCAUAAUUCCAUGUCUGGAUUUCUACAUAAAGCCUAAUUUAUGAUGUCA